AAAAGGAGUUACCAGUGCAAGCAAAUCAUUAGUUUUAAACAGUAAACUACACAAAGAAGACAGCAUGCAAAAGACAAUUCUUUCAAUCAUCGCCUUGGCCCUGUUUGGUCUCGCCAAUGCACAAAUCAACUCAAGUGGGGCAUGCCCAAGUCCGGCAGCGCAGAGUAACUUCAACCUAUCUGCAUAUAUGGGCACCUUUUACGAAUAUGCCAAGUAUCCUUCUGCUUUGGAGGGUAACUCCAAGUGUGUGAGAGCAGUACACACGCAACCAAGUGAAAAUGUGAUGUACACGGUGGAUACAUUGGUUGAUCCAACUACCAACGAAAGCAGCGAUUAUGGCGCUAAUGCCACGCAAAUUUCGAGUGGUAAAUUCACGAUUUACUACCCUGGUGAAGUAACUCCCACCAGUUUUUCGGUUUUGUACACCGAUUACGUUAGCUACGCUGUUGUUUACACCUGCGAAUCUGCUAGUGGCAACACACAUAACACGUGGAUUUGGAUCUUUACCCGUGAACGAGUACCCUCUGCUGCUACUGUGGCGAAGGCUGAAGAUGUUGUGAGCUCAAGUGGAUUUGAUGUCUCGCUAUUGACUGUUACGGAUCAAAGCAAUUGCUAAGCAGCAGCUUCUGAUAAUUUUUCUUGAAUGCAGAAAAAUUCUAAUUGAGUGGACUGGCUUGCAAUUAUGAAUAAGUAGGCUGCUCAGUCAAACAAAAAGCUAAAUAAAUAUGAAUUCUUAACAUCUGG